AUGAACACACUUCACGUCAGAUCUCAGAGACGUAAUCGCAUCAUCGACAUCGUCAAGAUCCUGAGCAUCAUGUCUAUAUUCGAGAGUCUACCUCGGCCGACCAGAACAUUUCACAAUACCAGCUAUGAACGGCUUACACAAGAGCAUGGCUUCGAUGGCGCAGGGAAAACUAUUCUCGUCGUUGGUGGUACUGGCAACGUGGGAUCCAGCAUUUGCAGGGCCUUUGCUGCCACUGGUGUGUCUCGAAUCGCCGUCGUUUCACGGACCCUCAAAUCUCAAGUUGCAGCUAAGGAGGAGCUCGAACAACUUCAUCCUGGAACACAAGUCCUCACAUUCGUCGGGUCCAUCACCGAUCGGAGUCGUAUGAACGAAAUACUGGCCGAGUUGCACCACGAAAUCGAUAUCCUCGUGCUCUGUGCGGCUAUCGCUCAUCCUGCUGUGCCGGCCUUGGGACUUUCUGAAUUUGAUCUGCGGGAAGCUUAUGAGACGAACUGCUUCGCGCCCUUUGAUCUUGUAAAAUCUUUCUUGUCUUCGAAGCCGAACACGCCUGCAAGAUCUCGCACAAUCAUCAGCGUCUCCUCUGCAAGCCUUCAAGUCAGCCAUACUCGACGCAGUGGUUAUGCUUCAAGUAAAGCUGCCUUUGCUCAGUUGCUCCAACACUUUGCGUCUGAGAACGCAUCAUCUGAAUCUGAUAGGAAGAUAAAGAUACACUCUUUCCAUCCUGGUGCAUUUUAUUCACCUGCUGUCGCGAAUCACUUUCCUCCGGAUACAGUGUGGGAUGACCUCACGUUGGCGGGAGAUUUUGCAGUCUGGCUGGCAGGCUCACAGAGCGAUUUAUUGAAUGGGCGUUUUGUUUGGGCAAAUUGGGACAUUGAGGAGAUGAUGGCACUGAAGGAAAGGCUGUCGAGCGAUCGAAGCUUUUUGACUGUUGGGCUGUGUCUGUAG